AUGACGAAGGGUCUCUUCCUUGCCCGUACCUUUCAUCUCGCUGGGCACAAUGUCAUUGGCGCUGAUACCUCCCCUUACGCAAACGGCCGCUUCUCCCACUUCAUUCAACGCUCCUAUAUUCUUCCCUCUCCUGAUGCCGGCGGAGAUGGUGUCGGCUACCUGGCUGCCAUCCUACGUAUCAUACGGCAAGAAAAUAUCAAUCUGUGGGUCUCGUGCUCAGGCGUAAGCAGCGAAGUCCUUGACGGUCAAGCACGGGACACAAUCAUCCAGAACUUCGAUGGCCGGGUCAAAUGCGUACAAUUGUCCGCUGCGUUGACGGAGAUGCUGCAUGCAAAAGAUACAUUUGUGGGGAAGGUACAAGAGCUAGGUCUACCAGCACCAGAGACACAUCAGGUUACGAGCAGAGAUUCGGUACACAGGCUGCUGAACGCGUCUUCUCCUCGCUCAUCACCUGUCUUGAAUGGGGACAUGGGCAGCUUGAGUAAGAAGAAGCGUAGCAACCACAGCAGGAACAGGAAGUCAUACAUCCUCAAGCCAUCAGAUGUCAAUGAUGCAUCGAGGCUUACGUCUGACCUUACUAUCCUCCCGCGGAGAACUGUGAGCAUGACGUACAAUCACCUUGCAUCUAUCAAGAUCUCUACCUCACAGCCAUGGGUCUUGCAAGAAUUCAUACCGGGAAAGAAAGAAUACUGCACACACGCUCUCAUCAUAAGAGGGGAGGUCAAGGUGUUUGUAGCUUGCGAAAGCUCCGACCUCUUGAUGCACUACAAGUCCCUGCCUGUCAAUAGCGCACUCAACAUCGCAAUGCGAAAAUUUACAGAAGAGUUUGCUCGCAGGCUACAAGAAGAGAGUGGCUCGAAUAGCAAAGCUGAGGUCACAGGACACAUGAGCUUCGACUUUCUCGUGAAGGAGGAGGCAGACGUCGAUGGCGUACGCCAUCGUAUCUGGCCCAUUGAAUGCAAUCCACGAGCUCACACUGCCGUUGCUCUCUUCAGAGGGAACGAGAAGGAGAUGGCAGACGCCUAUCUCAGCGCUCUACACCCGCCGUCAACGGAGAGUCUCGAAGAUGAUGAUCGGACACUCGUCAACGGCCAUGCCAAUCUCGUCACUUCUAAUGAGAUUCUCAGUGAGGAAGCCGAGGGGAGCUCCACCAUCACCCCGAGGCAUCAAGACCUCAAGGUUUACUGGAUUGGUCACGACAUCGUUACGCUUCUUAUUAUACCCUUCUUCUCCUUAAUUUCAUUGCGGCUCAGCUUUUCCAACUACGUGAAGGGGCUGGUGGCAUUUGUGGACCACGUGCUGUUCUGGCAAGAUGGAACGUACGAGGUCUGGGAUCCUCUGCCUGCGUGGUGGCUGUAUCAUGUGUACUGGCCGCUAGAGCUGUUGAGAUGCAUCCUUUGGAGAGGCAAAUGGAGCAGAAUCAACGUUAGCACUGGAAAGAUGUUUGGAUGUUGA